CUCAUUCAAACUCAAACUCACAACUUUCUUUUAUUCAUUCAUCCCUCUUCCCCUCUUCCCUUCCCCUUUAAAUUUUUUUCUGCUCUAUUCCCUUUUAUUCUCUCUAUCAACCUUUCUCUUCUUCCCCUCCCUACUAUGGCCAACUCUACUACUACCGCCACCGGUGCUGCGGAUGACCAGUUCAUCGCCGGUGCCUAUAAAUUCCAGGUCUGUGUCUCAACCGACAAACCCCUGCGUGAACUCGCAAUGGAGGCUUCCCUGCACAAGGACUAUGCAACUAUGGCUCCUGGAUUCAUCCAUGCUUCUGCUUCUGUCAAGCAAUUUGUGACCCUCGUCCCUGCUGAUAGCCAAAUCAAGGAUCUCAAGCGUGAAAUCCAAAAGGAUUUCCGGAAAUAUUAUCCCGAAGAAGGCAAGACAUAUACGAUCGAGCAUCUGGAAAAUGCCAACCACUUCAGACUCAAGGACACCCAUGUGAUCAAGCAGGUCCUUCAUGAUAACGAGGUCAUCAAUGUCGUUGGCUUUUCCAAGGAAGCAGGUAAAGGUGCUCGCGCCAAACCUGCUCAAUCCUCUACUACUGCCACUCCAACCCCUACCGCCGUCGCAGGCGUCAAGCGCAAGUUGGAUCAAACAGAGAACGACUCCACUCCCACAACCAAAGCCGGAAAAACCCCCAACAGCAGUAGUACAGACAAAAAGAAGAAAGAACCUGCCUCUACCUCAACCGAUGAUUCCGCUGCUCCAAAGAACGCCAAAAAGGCCAAAGUAACAACUCCCAAUGAGGAAACCAACGCAAAGACAACCACUCCUUCGACUGAUACUGCCAAGACUAACAACAAGCCCAAGCCCAAGGCACCAACCCCUGCCCCAUCUUCUCCCUCACAGACAGAGGAGGAAAUUAUGAAGAGCGUGUCUGCGAACAACAACAAGAAGAAGAACGCUGCCGCUGCUGCUGCGGGUACUACCGCUCCAUCAGAGCCCAACAACAACGACACCUCCAAAAAGCAAACUACAACCGACAAGAAGAAGAAGAAGGCACCAGAGGCCAAUGCAUCUGAAUCUACAUCCGCACCUGCUACGACUGAAGCAAAAUCAAAGGUGAACGGCAAGACCGAGAAAGCAGAAAAGUCUGACAAGCCGGUCCAAAAGACCGACAAGGCUAACAAAGGCCCCAAUGAGAAGGCAACAACCGCAGACAAGGACUCGUCUGAAAAGCCCAAGGAAGGUGGAGGGGAGACUUUGGCCAAGGCUAAGGGUACGGGCAAGAAGGCCAAGAAAACGACUGGUGCUGGUACAAACACUUCUACUGCUGCUACCGAGGCGUCGUCCAAAAAGGACACUCCAGGUAACUAGAGCCAAGAAGAACGUGAGGAAGUCAAGAGAGAGAGU